AUGGCUUCUCGAUUACCGUUUCAUCGCCUCUCUGGGCAACACCUGAGGACUCUUCAUCGAAACGCCAGCGUUUCCCGCAGCCUCCACAUCGGCCGCGCCAGAAGCUUGAUGUCCAUUGCUUCCCAGAAAAGCGCCAAUGGUCCUCUCAAGUCAAGCGCGGGUCUCCAGCAGGUUACGGCUCUGGGACCCAAAAUGUCUCGCUUCGGCAUCGCUCCCUUCGCGGCUGCUCAGGUGCGAACUUAUGCGGACACUGUUGUCAAGGUUCCACAGAUGGCGGAAUCGAUCACCGAAGGGACAUUGAAGCAAUUCUCCAAACAGAUCGGCGACUACGUUGAACGGGACGAGGAGAUCGCAACCAUUGAGACUGACAAGAUUGAUGUAUCCGUUAAUGCCCCUGAAUCCGGUACCAUCAAAGAGUUCCUCGUGGGCGAGGAAGACACCGUCACAGUUGGACAGGACCUUGUCAAGUUGGAGCUUGGAGGUGCCCCUGAAACCAAGACUGAAGACGCAAAUGAAAAGCCGGCCGCGCCAGCUGCUGCUGACAAGCCCACGGCUUCCGAACCUGAGAAACCGAAGGCACCCGAAGCACCCCAGUCUUCAUCCGAGAAGGCCACACCUUCGGAGCCCAGUCCCUCAAAGAAAACAGAGCCGGUAGCUACAAAGCCUCAGGCCUCCGAACCUGCCAAGCCCAGCGUUGGGGGUCGCGAAGAAAGGAGGGUUAAAAUGAACAGGAUGAGAUUGAGAAUCGCAGAACGUCUGAAGCAGUCCCAGAACACCGCAGCUUCUCUCACUACAUUCAACGAAGUUGACAUGUCCUCUCUCAUGGAGUUCCGCAAGCUGUACAAGGACGACGUAUUGAAGAAGACCGGUGUCAAACUUGGAUUCAUGAGUGCCUUCUCUCGCGCCUGUGUUCUCGCCAUGAAAGACGUUCCCGCUGUUAAUGCCUCCAUCGAGGGUCCCAAUGGUGGAGACACCAUUGUUUAUCGUGAUUACGUGGAUAUCAGCGUGGCCGUUGCUACUGAGAAAGGACUAGUGACGCCAGUGGUCCGCAAUGCAGAGACCAUGGACCUCGUUGGCAUUGAGAAGGCCAUCGCGGAUCUUGGCAAGAAGGCUCGUGAUAAUAAGUUGACCAUCGAGGACAUGGCCGGGGGCUCUUUCACCAUUAGCAAUGGCGGAGUUUUUGGCUCUCUGAUGGGAACUCCCAUUAUCAACCUCCCACAGACAGCUGUUCUCGGACUCCACGCAAUCAAGGACAAGCCGGUGGCUGUGAACGGUAAAGUUGAAAUUCGCCCUAUGAUGUAUCUUGCCCUGACUUACGAUCACCGACUCUUGGAUGGUCGUGAGGCUGUAACUUUCUUGGUUAAGGUCAAGGAAUACAUCGAAGACCCCCGUCGGAUGCUGCUGGGCUAG